CAUACUUAUUUAUAUACAUAUACAUAUAUGGCUCCAAACAACCUUACCGAACGUCAAGCUUUCGACGACAUCGAGGACCCCUCUAAAUCCUUUGACGACGACGGCCGUCCUAAACGAACUGGAACAGCAUGGACGGCGAGUUCGCACAUAAUAACGGCGGUGAUAGGAUCUGGUGUGUUAUCCUUAGCGUGGGCCGUAGCUCAGCUCGGCUGGAUCGCCGGUCCUUCUAUAAUGCUCUUAUUCUCCUUCGUUACUCUCUAUACUUCUUCCUUGCUUUCUGAUUGUUAUCGUGUCCACGACGCCGUUUCUGGCAAGAGGAACUACACCUACAUGGACGCUGUCGCUUCCAUUCUAGGUGGAGUUAAUACGAGGUUGUGUGGGAUAUUUCAGUAUCUGAAUCUUGUGGGUGUUGCAAUAGGAUACACAAUCGCAGCUUCAAUCAGCAUGAAGGCAAUCAAAAGGUCAAAUUGUUUGCAUGAGAAUGGCAUGGAAAAGGGAUGCAACAUGUCAAGCAAUCCCUACAUGAUAGGUUUUGGGGUAAUUCAGAUAUUUCUGUCUCAAAUACCAGACUUUGAUCAAAUUUGGUGGCUCUCUAUAGUUGCUGCAAUCAUGUCUUUUACCUAUUCCACCAUUGGCCUCUCUCUUGGACUUGCCAAAGUGGCAGAAAGUGGUAAGAUUAAGGGCAGCCUCACAGGAAUAAGCAUAGGGACUGUGACUCAAACCCAGAAAAUAUGGAGGAGUUCCCAAGCUCUUGGUGAUAUAGCCUUUGCUUACUCAUAUGCUGUUGUCCUCAUUGAAAUUCAGGACACCAUAAGGUCUCCACCAUCAGAAGCAAAAUCAAUGAAGAAAGCGACAAAGAUAAGUAUCGCAGUGACCACAACGUUCUACAUGUUAUGUGGCUGCAUGGGCUAUGCUGCUCUCGGAGACAAAUCGCCUCCCAAUCUCCUCACUGACUUUGCUUUCUCCAACCCCUUUUGGCUUCUCGACGUUGCCAACGUCGCCAUAGCCGUCCACCUCGUUGGAGCUUACCAAGUUUUCUCUCAACCCAUCUUCGCCUUCAUCGAGAAACAAGCCUCACAGAGAUUUCCCGGAAACCAAGUCUUGAACAAAGAAUUCAAAAUCCCAUUACUUCCUGGUUUUGCUCCUUACAAUCUGAAUCUGUUCAGGUUGGUUUCGAGGACGUGUUUUGUGGUGCUCACCACGUUGGUCUCCAUGUUGCUUCCGUUCUUUAACGACGUUGUGGGGAUCAUGGGGGCGUUAGGGUUUUGGCCUCUGACUGUGUAUUUUCCGGUGGAAAUGUAUAUUCGACAGAAGAAGAUAAGAAAAUGGAGUGGGAGGUGGGUUUGUAUGCAGAUCCUGAGCAUGGCGUGUCUGGUUGUGUCCAUUGUGGCUGUUGUUGGAUCACUGGCUGGUGUUUUGCUUGACCUCAAGAAAUACAAGCCAUUCCAAUCUAACUAUUGAGUGAUUAUAUAUCCCUUUUUGUUUGUGUCAUGUACUGUGUUGCGUAAUAUCCAAGCAAUAUGAAAGCUUUACCUUUGAUCAUCAUCAGAAGUGUAUUUGAGUUAUAUAUUAUAA